AUGCACUCUGCUCAACUUCGUCGACGGAUAGCCAAGAUGGACGAGUCUGCUCGUCGACUCGAAAAAGACAACUCUCCUGAUGACCCUAAAAAGCAAUUGGAAGAUCCUACGCUAGAACAACUCCGGCUUGCAAGUUUUAAAAGCCGAAGUCGAGCGUCUGCCAUAGGGCGAGGGAGAGUACAGGCAAUAGUAUCGGCAAUCGCAAUCGGGUUUUUAUUGCUUCUAAUUAGGACGCAAAAAUCGAAAGAGCCCCCAUCAGCUUAUGCUCUCUGUAGUGCUCAUGGAGAACGUAACAUUUGGACAGUGGACGAAAGUAAUGCAAGAGCAGAGUGUAUGGUCAUCAACGGAAAGUUUAUAGCCGAUAUUGGAUCCGUAGAUGACAUUCGCCGGCGCUGGGGAGAUCGUGCUACCACCGGCCCCGUAGCGGGUGCUCCCGACGUGAGCCGCAAACGUGGACUUAAAUUUAUAUAUCUAGAAAAGGGGCAGGCCGCGUAUCCAGGCUUCCACGAUGCGCAUGCUCAUGUAUUGCAAUGGGGAUGGGCUAGCCAACUCCCGCUUCGAGGCUCACAAACAAUCGAAGAAAUCCUAAGCAAAAUCAGACUAUACGUCGAAAGCUCCCCCUUGGAACCUGGGGCCUGGAUUGAGGGGCAAGGAUGGGAUCAAACGCUAUGGGGCGGCGCGUUCCCCACCGCUGCGGACCUAGACCAGGACCCGCUACUCAGAGAUAAACCCAUUGUGCUGGCUCGUACAGACGUUCACGCUUAUUGGGUGUCUAAGGAAGUCAUUCGUCGGCUCGGACCCCUGCCGGACAAAGUUGAUGGAGGGGAGAUCAUUCGAGAUGCCGAUGGAAAUCCUACCGGUAUCUUUCUAGAUAAUGCUAUGGCGCUCAUUGACGACGCCAAACCACAAUGGACGGACGCUCAGAGGCUUAGAUUCUUUAGGCGUACAGUCAAGGAUGCACUGGCUGUUGGCCUUACCACCAUCCAUGACGCAGCUACCUAUGUUCCUGACAUUGAGAUGGCUAUCGAAGGUAAACUUCCGCUGCGACUCUACCUCAUGGGCCAUGUCCUCUCAGAUACCUACUGGGGCGCUCAACUUCCAAAUAUUACCGCUGCCGAAUCUGCAGACGGUCGAUUGAUGCUUCAGGCCGUAAAGAUAUUCGGGGAUGGCGCGCUCGGGUCUUGGGGCUCUGCAUUGUUGGAGCCGUACUCGGACAAACCAGAUACCACGGGUAUCCUCAGGAGUAGCCCAGACGUACUACGAACUCUUAUUGCCGAUUUCUAUAAGAACGGUUGGCAAGUGAACACUCAUUGCAUAGGAGACCGAGCAAAUAAGAUCGUCCUGGACGCAUACGAGGAGGCACUGAAAAGCUCUACCGAUACGGACCGCCGCCUGCGAAUCGAACACGCUCAAAUAUUGACUCAAGAGGAUUUGAAACGCAUGGGGCGACUGGGAGUGAUCGCGAGCGUCCAGCCAACUCAUGCUACCAGCGACAUGGGGUACGCUGAAACCCGUUUGGGACCUGAACGGAUCAAGGGCGCUUAUGCGUGGAGAACUCUUAUUGAGAAUGGAGCCACCGUCACUACUGGAUCCGAUUUCCCUGUCGAGGGUAUCAACCCACUUCUGGGCUUCUAUGCGGCCGUCACCCGACUCGCCCCAGACGGAACAUCGCCACAUGGCCCUGGAGGAUGGUACCCUGAACAACGAAUGACUCGACAUGAAGCUCUCCGCGGAAUGACUUUGCAUGCAGCCUAUGCAAGUUUCCAAGAACAUAAAGUCGGACGAAUCGUCAAGGGCCUUCGGGCAGAUGUGACGGUGCUGUCUCAGGAUAUCAUGACUGUUCGUGUAGACGAAAUUUUGGGAACUGGGGUUGUUGCGACUAUUAUUGACGGGCGAGUUGUAUACGGCGGGUUAAAGUUGUGA